AUGACUCUUGAUAGAAUGGGUGAAUUAAAUUUGAGAGUGAACGAAAGAAUAGCAACAAACAGAAAUAAUAUAAAAAGUGAUAGAGCGAAUGUAAUGAAAAGUUUCAAGAGCGAAAAUUACCCGGGUUGGUGUUUGUAUCCGUCUAAUGUUGUCAUUGUUUGCUGGUUGGACAAUGUUACGAUUAGUUCAAAUAUCGUUGAAGAGUUUUAUGUGUUUAAGAAGAAUUUUUGA